GGUAUGAUGAAAAUUUUUAUUAAAGAAUUCGGCUAAUGAUAAAGAUGUUGCCCAUGGGAAAUGAAUUGUGAUAUUUUUUAGCAGCUAUCGCCAGAAAUGGCUAUACAAAUUACGAUCGAAGAUCAUUUUAUACCAUAUUUAGUUUUAAUUUUCAAUGUGUUAAUAGUAUAUCUUGUUCGAUCAAUUUCAAUUCGCAUUCUACCUUCUAGCAUUUAUCAAAUUGUGAAUGAAUUAAUUUCAACGAUAGAACUAUGUGCCUGUUGUGCUGAACUUGGACCAGUUUGGGAACUACAUGGCAAUUAUGGCAUAGCUAUAGCAUUAUUUUUCCUUUGUGUUUGGUGGUGCCAGGUAUGGGGAGAUGCAGAAGCCUGUCCUUGUGGUCCCGUCGAAGAGAUGUUCAUUGCUGGACGAUCAAUUACUUCACCAGAUUUGAUGAGAAAAUUAUUUGGACAAUUAUUAGGAGCUUGGCUUACCUGGAAAUAUACCUCUUGGAUUUGGUGUUGGCAUUUGACCGAACAGCAUCAUCAUCUUCAUGAGGCUCCAUGUGAAGCAUCUUUAUAUGUUUCACCUUUAUACGGUGCUUUAAUCGAAGGUCUAAUCACAUUUAUUAGCCGUAUCGUUGCGCUUGAAUCUGAUAAUUGGAAUCAUUUCAUGUCAACUGUAGCUAAUUCAAUGACAAGUGUAUUACUUGUUUUAUUUGCACUUAAUACAACUGGCGGUUUUUUCAAUCCGAUAUUGGCUUCAGCUUUGAUGAUCGGCUGUAAAGGUCAUACGUAUUGGGAACAUUUCCAAGUUUAUUGGUUUGGAGCUAUGAUAGGCAGUUUGCUGGCUAGAUGGAUACAUGAUAAUUUAUUAGAUUCAACCAAAAUUAAUAAAAACAACAAAUAUGAUUGAAUUAAUGUAAAAAUUUCUAAUCGUAAUGAACACGUGUUGAAUAAAGUACAGAUCGACGAAAA